GGAGCCCCGAUGGACACGAGAGCGGAGCAGAGCGCGUCCUGACCCCUACCCCACGCGGCGGCCUCUGUGCCAGCCCCUGUGACUAUGGACGAGUGGAAACCCAACCCCGCCGUCAAGCCUCACAAGAAGCGGAGCUGGUACCUUGCCUGGAAGUACAAGCUGAUGAACCAGCGUGCGCUGCGGAAGCUUUGCCAGACGGGUGCUGUCCUUUUCCUGCUUGUGACUGUAAUUGUGAACAUCAAGCUGAUCUUGGACACCAGGAGAGCUGCUUAUGAGGAGGAAGAGGAGUCUGCACAGGACUACGAUGAUGAGAUGCUGAAUGUGGAGGUCCCUAGGCACCCUGUCAGCAACAAGAAGGUCUUGGAUGUCGAGGUGUACUCCAGCCGGUCGAAGGUCUACGUAGCUGUGGAUGGGACGACAGUCCUGGAAGAUGAGGCUCGGGAGCAGGGAAGAGGGAUCCACAUUAUCGUCUUAAAUCAGGCUACGGGUCAUGUGAUGGCCAAGAGGGUCUUUGACACAUAUUCUCCCCAUGAAGAUGAAGCCAUGGUACUCUUCCUCAACAUGGUUGCCCGGGGCCGGAUCCUGAUCUUCACCAUUAAGGAUGAAGGCUCCUUUCACCUCAAGGACACAGCCAAGAAUGUCCUGAAAAGCUUGGGGAGCCAAGCUGCGCCAUUCCUGAGCUGGAGAGAUAUGUGGACAUUUGUGGGGAAGAAGGGAGGGGAAGUAUAUGGGGAGAAGCACACCAAGUCGCCCGCCCUCUCGACAUGGGGUGACCCUGUACUGCUGAAGACAGAAGUUCAUCUGACAUCUGUGGAAGGCCAUGAGGAUGAGCAGUCUUUUUUCUCCUUGGUGCCUUGGCCCGACGCAGAGCUGACCCGCCGCCGGAAGAGGUUCUGCAGCAAAGUAGAAGGUUACGGCAGUGUCUGCAGCUGCAAAGACCCCACACCCAUUGAGUUCAACCCUGAUCCCCUCAAGGACAAUAAAGUCUUCGAUGUGCCUGUAGCUGUUAUUGCAGGGAACCGCCCCAACUACCUGUACAGGAUGCUGCGCUCCUUGCUGUCGGCUCAGGGCGUCAAUCCACAGAUGAUCACAGUCUUCAUCGAUGGGUACUACGAGGAGCCGAUGGAUGUUGUGGAGCUGUUUGGCCUCUCAGGAAUCCAGCACACUCCCAUCAGCAUUAAAAAUGCCAGAGUUUCUCAGCACUACAAAGCCAGUCUGACUGCGACCUUCAACCUCUUCCCGGAUGCUAAAUUCGCCGUGGUUCUGGAGGAGGACCUUGACAUUUCUGUUGACUUCUUCAGCUUUCUGAGCCAGUCAAUACACCUUUUGGAGGAGGACGAGAGCCUGUACUGCAUCUCGGCUUGGAAUGACCAGGGCUAUGAGCACACAGCGGAGGACCCCUCCCUCCUGUACCGUGUGGAGACCAUGCCAGGCCUGGGCUGGGUGCUCCGGAAGAGCCUGUACAAGGACGAGCUGGAGCCAAAGUGGCCAACCCCUGAGAAGCUCUGGGACUGGGACAUGUGGAUGCGGAUGCCCGAGCAGCGGAAGGGCCGGGAGUGCAUCAUCCCUGACAUCUCACGCUCCUACCACUUCGGCAUCGUGGGGCUCAACAUGAACGGCUACUUUCACGAAGCCUAUUUCAAGAAGCACAAGUUCAACACAGUUCCGAAUGUCCAGCUUAAAAAUGUGGAGAGCUUGAGGAAGGAUGCCUACGAGACUGAAAUUCAUCGGCUCCUGGGUGAGGCUGAGGUCUUGGACCACAGCAAGAACCCCUGUGAGGACUCCUUUGUGCCUGACACUGAGGGCAGGGUCUACGUCAUGUUCAUCAGAAUGGAGCAGGAAGCAGAUUUCACCACCUGGACUCAGCUUGCCAAGUGCCUCCACAUCUGGGACCUGGACGUCCGCGGGAACCACAAGGGGCUGUGGCGGCUCUUCCGCAAGAAGAACCACUUCCUCGUGGUGGGGGUCCCUGCCUCCCCCUACUCGUCUAAGAAGCCCUCAUCGGUGACACCGAUCUACAUGGAGCCCCCCGCCAAGGAGGAGGGGGCGGUGGCAGUGCCGGCGGUUGCUGCAGCAGAGCAGACAUGA